AGUGGUCCUGGCCGUGCGCCGGAGGCAACGGCGGCGCGGCGAAGCGGCGACAUGGCUGUUGUCUCAGAGGACGACUUUCAGCACAGUUCAAACUCCACCUACAGAACCACAAGCAGCAGUCUCCGAGCUGACCAGGAGGCACUGCUUGAGAAGCUGCUGGACCGCCCGCCCCCUGGCCUGCAGAGGCCCGAGGACCGCUUCUGUGGCACAUACAUCAUCUUCUUCAGCCUGGGCAUUGGCAGUCUGCUGCCAUGGAACUUCUUUGUCACUGCCAAGGAGUACUGGAUGUUCAAACUCGGCAACUCCUCCAGCCCAGCCACGGGGGAGGUCCCUGAGGGCUCAGACAUCCUGAACUACUUUGAGAGCUACCUUGCCGUUGCCUCCACCGUGCCCUCCAUGCUGUGCCUGGUGGCCAACUUCCUGCUUGUCAACAGGUGGCUCACCAGCCCCGGCCCACACAGGAGCCCCGAAGGGGUGUCUAACUGCUGCUGGCAUCCUCGCCCCAGGGUUGCAGUCCACAUCCGUGUCCUGGCGUCACUGACGGUCAUCCUGGCCAUCUUCAUGGUGAUAACCGCACUGGUGAAGGUGGACACCUCCUCCUGGACCCGUGGCUUUUUUGCGGUCACCAUUGUCUGCAUGGUGAUCCUCAGCGGUGCUUCCACUGUCUUCAGCAGCAGCAUCUACGGCAUGACCGGCUCCUUUCCUAUGAGGAACUCCCAGGCGCUGAUAUCAGGAGGAGCCAUGGGCGGGACGGUCAGUGCCGUGGCCUCACUGGUGGACUUGGCUGCAUCCAGUGACGUGAGGGACAGCGCCCUGGCCUUCUUCCUGACGGCCACCAUCUUCCUCGUGCUCUGCAUGGGACUCUACCUGCUGCUGUCCAGGCUGGAGUAUGCCAGGUACUACAUGAGGCCUGUUCUUGUGGCCCAUGUGUUUUCUGGUGAAGAGGAGCUUCCUCAGGACUCCCCCAGUGCCCCUUUGGUGGCCUCCAGAUUCAGUGAUUCCCACACGCCCCCUCUCCGCCCCAUCCUGAAGAAGACGGCCAGCCUGGGCUUCUGUGUCACCUACAUCUUCUUCAUCACCAGCCUCAUCUACCCCGCCAUCUGCACCAACAUCGAGUCCCUCAACAAGGGCUCGGGCUCACUGUGGACCACCAAGUUCUUCAUCCCCCUCACUACCUUCCUCCUGUACAACUUUGCUGACCUGUGUGGCCGGCAGCUUACCGCCUGGAUCCAGGUGCCAGGGCCCAACAGCAAGGCGCUCCCGGGGUUUGUGCUCCUCCGGACCUGCUUCAUCCCCCUCUUCGUGCUCUGUAACUACCAGCCCCGCGUCCACCUGAAGACUGUGGUCUUCCAGUCCGAUGUGUACCCCGCACUCCUCAGCUCCCUGCUGGGACUCAGCAACGGCUACCUCAGCACCCUGGCCCUCCUCUAUGGGCCUAAGAUUGUGCCCAGGGAGCUGGCUGAGGCCACGGGAGUGGUGAUGUCCUUUUAUGUGUGCUUGGGCUUAACACUGGGCUCAGCCUGCUCUACCCUCCUGGUGCACCUCAUCUAGGAGGGAGGACAAGAGGACAUUGGUGCUUUAGAGCCUUUGAAGAUGAGGAGAGAGUGCAGGAGGGCUGGGGGCCAUGGAGGAAAGGCCUAGAGUUUCGCUUGGGGACAGAGAGCAGAGCACACUCAGGCCUCAUCCCUCCCAAGAUGCCAGUGAGCCAUGUCCAUGUCCAUUCCGUGCAAGGCAGAUAUUCCAGACACAUUAACAGGACAUUCCUGAGACAGUUGAAGAAAUAGUACAAAGCAGGGGUACUCCCUUCACAGCUGAUGGUUAACAUUCCACCUUCUUUCUAGCCCUUCAAAGAUGCUGCCAGUGUUUGCCCUAGAGUUAUUACAAAACCAGUGCCAAAACCCAGCCGUGGGCUCUUUGCAUCCUCCCAGCUGUGCUCAUUCCAGCUGACAGCGAGAUGCAAGCAAAUGCUCAGCCCUCCUUACCCUGAAGGGGUCUCCCUGGAAUGGAAGUCCCCCUGGCAUGGUCAGUCCUCAGGCCCAAGACUCAAGUAUGCACAGACCCCUGUGUUCUGUGGGUGAACAACUGCCCACUAACCAGACUGGAAAACCCAGAAAGACAGGCCUUCCAUGAAUGCUUCAUUCCAGAGGGACCAGAGGGCCUCCCUGUGCAAGGGAUCAAGCGUGUCUGGCCUGGGUUUUCAAAGAGGGAUCCUCAUGACCUGGUGGUCUAUGGCCUGGGUCAAGAUGAGGGUCUUUUAGUGUUCCUGUUUACAACAUGUCAAAGCCAUUGGUUCAAGGGCAUAAUAAAUACUUGAGUAUUCAA